UGGCGUGGGGGCUCCCGAGGACCCAGGAUCGAGCUGUGUGCAGCUGGCUCUGGAGGAGGCCACAAUGAAGCUCCCUCUCCUGGCUCUUUUGGUGGUGGCUGCGGCUGCCCAGCAUCGCCGGACAGAGGUGUCCAGCUUGGAGCAACUGCAGGGCGAGGAGAGCCCAGCCCAGGAUGGGGAGACGGCCGCAGGGGCCCCCGGGGAGGCCGGUGCUGGGGCACAGACGCUGCCGCAGGAGGAGGUGGAGGGGGGCUCCGGAGUUGAAGACAGCCUGGAGGAGGAGGGUGAGGUGGCGUCCAGCUCAGAGUUGGUUGUGGGGCACAGGGGCAUCCAGUGUCCGAAGGAGGAGGACACAGUGAAGUUCAUGGGCAGCCCUGGGUGCGAAACCUGACGAUUUGUCGUGGUGACCCUGGCCAAACCGUUUAACCACGCCCAGUCCGUGUGCCAGAGAUGCUACCGGGGCAGCCUCGUGUCCAUCCACAGCUCCGGCUUCAAUUUCCAAGUGUGGUGUGCGUCCAGGGGCCUCAAUGCCGGCCGGGUCUGGAUCGGAGGCCGGCGCGUGGGCUGGGGUCACUGCCAGCACUUCCUCUGGACCGACAGAAGCUCCUGGAACUUCGCCUACUGGGCUCUCGGCCAGCCCUUCACCUGGGAUCCCUGUGGCACCUGUGUGACCAUGUGCACCCAAGAGCGCUCAGAACCCAAGGACGCAGGAUCCCUGGAGGCCCUGGACACCUGUCGGAGGCCCCUGGCCAAGCAGAACCGGCUGGGAACUGCAGCAGCCCCGUCCCUGCCCGGCUGGCCAGCGAGUCAAACACCGAGUCUACAUUGUGUGCCAGGGGUGGCCCAGGAGGACGUGGACCCAGCAGACAUGCGGCUGUUCCGGCUCCUGCCCCCGGCCCUGCUGCUGCUCGGAGCUGCUGCUGCUGUGCGCCUGGAGAAGGAUGUGACCCAUCUGCAGAGCCCAGAGCUGGGCCAGCGCCCGGACAGCACCAGUGAGCAGGAGGGAGGCUUGGCCCUGGCCCUGGAGGCCUUUCCGACGCCAGGGGACGAGGCCUGCCCUCCCCAGGGUGCAGAUGCCUGUGAGGACACGGCCGUGGAAGAGGAGGCCGGGCAGUCAGGCACAGCUGCCCCGGACAAAGACUCACCGUGCCCCGGCGAGGAGGACGCCAUCCCAGUCCGGGGCGGCCCCGAGUGCCCAACCUGCCACUACCUGGUGGUGAAGACCCCCAGGUCAUUCAGCGGAGCACAGAAAGUCUGCAAGAGAUGCUACGGAGGCAACCUGGUCUCCAUCCACAGCUGGAAGGACAACUCCGGCAUCCUCCGGCUGGCCAGCAAGAUCAACCAGGCCCAGGUCUGGAUUGGAGGCAUCCGCAAGGGCUGGUGGUGGUGGAAGAACUUUCACUGGACCGAUGGCAGCUGCUGGAAUUUUAAAUACUGGGCCCCAGGGCAGCCUAGGGACGGGAAAGGCUGCUGCGUGGCCCUGUGCACCAAAGGGGGCCACUGGCGACGCACCCGAUGCUGCAAGCGCCUGCCCUUCGUCUGCUCCUACUAGACCCUGCCUGGGAGGGAGCCUCCCCCUUUGGCCCCCUGGCCCUGGGCUCAGGCCAUAAAC